GUUCUCCCGGAAGUAAAAGUAUAUUGGCGUUGGUUGUUGAAAAAGUUUCAGCACGUUGCAGAUGGAAUGAAUGAAACGCUUCUGGCUGGCGUUGUAUUAUGAUCUUAGAUUUUUCUAGAAUCUUUUUUGGACGGACACAACAUCAAACAAGCUUUAGCGAAGCCAAGAGCAACGUGUAAAGAUAAAGUUCUAGAAAGUUUUGUGUGGAUACAGUACUUGCUCCUGAAUUGAGGAUAGAAGAGCAACAUAUAUCUCACAGCCUUGUGGAGUCGUGAGGCAGUGAAUCCAGGAAGACAUGGCAGGAAUCCUGUUUGAAGACAUCUUUGACGUGAAAGAUAUCGACCCUGAUGGGAAGAAGUUUGACAGAGUGUCACGUCUACACUGUGAGAGUGAAUCUUUCAAGAUGGACCUCAUUCUUGAUGUGAACAUUCAGAUCUACCCCGUGGACCUGGGAGACAAGUUUAGACUGGUGAUAGCGAGCACCUUAUAUGAAGACGGCACUCCAGACGACGGGGAGUACAAUCCUCAGGAUGACCGGCCAUCGAGAGCGGACCAGUUCGAUUACGUGAUGUACGGCAAGGUGUACAAGAUCGAGGGAGACGAGACCUCCACGGAGGCCGCCACACGCCUUUCCGCCUAUGUGUCCUAUGGGGGAUUGCUUAUGCGACUGCAGGGAGAUGCCAACAACUUGCACGGGUUUGAAGUGGACUCUCGUGUCUACCUGCUCAUGAAGAAACUGGCCUUCUGAACCCUCUCCUCUGGGUGGCUUAUUCCUUUCAGUCUACCUGAUGCUUCACGGACCGCAUUCUUGGUGUCUUAACACCGUACAUCCUGCUUUCGGAAUGACAAGUGGAAUGUUUGUCAGUUGCAGUGGACAUUAAAGAAACAGAAGAAUUUUUCUGUAGGUUCAGCUGGGGAGCAGUGGGUUGUUUAAUGUGCCACACCAUGUAAAUAAAGAUGUCCUUUUUUAUAUUUAA